AUGAUCAAUAUUUCUGGAUCUCUUGAUCGACUUCAGAAGAGCCUACCUCGCUUUGCAGUCGGCAAGCGAGACAAUAAGAUCGCAUUUGCAUUUUGGUCCUGUCUACAGCUGGAAAGUGACAUUCUGGCCGAGCUCAACCUCCAUCCCUCAGGUCUCCUCGCAUACGAAGAAGCGAUCCCUUGGCCUGAUGCAAAUUGGGUAAUCAAGGAGUUCGAACUCUCGGACGCCGUUGUUCACAGCUACCUUGCGCAGUUGUAUCUGCGGAAGAGGUUGAACGAUAUUCACGGACUGCUUUAUGAUCCGGCCAAGCAGAAAGCAAUGAUGCUUGAUGUCCCUGAAGACAAAUCAAUAAUCGAUCACAUAGAACAAGUUUUGCUUCAUGAGACAUCCUGGCUGCAUCCAAGUUAUCAAUUCUCUCCAGAGGAUCCCCCUUCAAAAGACAUACUCGCCGCACGCAUUCGCGCUAAGUUCUGGGGCGCCCAAAACAUCACUUACCGGCCAUUUAUCCGCCAAAUCCUCUACUUUUCAUACAAUCGAAGGAACAUCAUGCAGAGCCCACAGGCUAUUACGGGCGAUAUCUCGAAUGAUGGCUCUGUGCCUCACAUCAAUCCUACAGCUCGUACCGUUACCGAUAUACAUCCGAGCAUCCUCGAGUAUGCUAAGAAUGGCAUUAACGCUCUAAUAAAGAGCACUGAAGCUUUCCACAAUCUCGAGGACAAGCGCUUCAUCAUCACCAAUGUUUUUGGCACGGCACAUGCGUAA